CGCCUGCCUGAUGCCCGCUGAGCGCGUAUCGCGUGUUGUUGUUUCGACACAUCACACCGUGAUGGUCCCGCCUGCCGUGGUGCUGGGUGCUGUGGUCCUCGCCUUGGCCGUUGCCUCAUCCCAGCCGCCGCUCUCCAUAAAGCCCAUCCUCGUCAUUGGAGGAACCGGCAUUCAAGGCAAGCUCAUGGCGGCGCUGGAGGAGCUACACGGCCUUGGCUUCCGUGAGCUGCGCACAGUGUCCAGGAACGCAUCGAGUGCGCGAGCGCGAGAGCUGUCAAGCACCUUGGGCGUGCACGUGAUUGAAGGGAGCUUGGAGAGUGCCACCACGCUGAGCGCCGCGCUGCAAGGGUGCGCUGCCGCCUUUCUCGUCACAUUCACGGACUUCCACGACGAUGAAGGGGAGCGACGAACGGGCAGGGCCUUGCUGGACGCCGCACACGCAGCUCACGUGCCCCACAUUGUGUGGAGCAGCGGUGACAGGACGGGCGUGCGCUGGCUGGACAGUAAGGCGGACCUGGAGCAGUACGCCAACAGCCUCGCGUUUGAGUCUGUGCUCUCCAUACGGAGCGGGUUCUUCUUCGAGAACCUCGUGACCAAGGGCGGACAGCAGCGCUUCAGCGUGGAUAUUGUGGGUGCUGGUCUCGGAGGAGGAGGAGGAGGUGCUGGUGGUGGAGGUGAUGGCGGGAUCAACCAUGAUCACGACGGGGUAGCGGGCAAUGACAGCGGCAGCAAGAAGAGCAGUGGCAACAGCGGUGGCAGCAGUUGCCAGAAUCAACGACAGCAGCAACAGCAGCAGCAGGAGGUGGCUGUGGUGGAGAUUGGGCUGUAUUCGCCCUUUCCGAAAGACCAGCGCAUCCCCAUGCACGCUGCGAGCGACGUCGGCCUCUUCGCUGCCCGCUCCAUCACGGACACGCUUCGCCACACGCAGUCGUCGCCACUCACGUUGCGCCUGGCACAGCUGUGGCAGUGGCUGAAGGGGCCCACAUGGAGGCCCCGCUUCGCUGAGAACAGUGGCGGCGGCGAUGACAGCGGUGGUGGCAGUGGUGGCAGGGACAGCGGCAUCGACCAACGGGAGAGCUUUGUGUCCUCACUCCCCUCCUCACGCGCAAGGCAGCGACACUUUGUUCGUGUCGUUGGUGAUGUGAUCACGGGUGCUGAGUACUGUGCGAGUGUCGAAAGCAUCGUGCAGCGCCGCUUCAGCCACAGCGACGUCGCCAUCGCAUGCCAAUAUCACGUCGUGUCACCGGACACCAUUGAGCGGCAGCUUCCAGGCCCAGCUGGCGCCAAGAUUGCUGAUUUGUACCGCCGCGUCCUUGACGGUCAACUCGAUCAUCUCCACACGCAACACGCCAUCCUCUCCGCAAGGGAGUCUGCACCUGCUGCGCGCACACUUGCACAGUGGCUUGAGGACGAGGGCGCACGCGUGUUUGCAGCCGCCGUCAACACAACACUGGAGCUAGCGAAGGGAUCAUAAGCGACAUGCAUACACCACAGACAGACAGACAGACACACGCACGCACGCAGACACACACACACACCCUUCCCUGUUGUUUGGGGUGUCAAUGUCGAUCAGCAGCAGCGUUCAGUUUGUUCGUCUAUCAUGGAGGAGACAACACGCAAGCAAAGACAAUCAAGCCGUCCAAGCACAA